AUGUCACAUCCAGAAAAAUCGGUUGCUAUCACAACUGCAACAGACGAGUUCGAAACAUCAUCUACAACCAAUGUAAAACAACAUGAUAUAACAACAGUCACAAAAUCAUUAGAUGAUGAACAAGGUAGUGAAAAAGUUUUAAUUUCAAAAGAUGAAUCGAAUAGUUCCUUAGAAGAAGAUGAUGAGGGGAGAGAUCCAACUGAAUAUGAAAUGAAAACUUUAAGACAUGUUUCUGGAAAAAUUCCUUUAAGUGCUUGGUUAAUUGCCAUUGUUGAAUUAGCUGAAAGAUUUUCUUAUUAUGGUUUAUCAGCUCCUUUUCAAAAUUAUAUGCAAAAUGGUCCAGAUGAUAAUCCAAGUGGUAUGUUAGACUUGGGACAACAAGGUGCUACAGCUUUAUCAUAUUUUUUCCAAUUUUGGUGUUAUGUUACUCCUAUUUUUGGUGGUUGGCUUGCAGAUACAUAUUGGGGAAAGUACAAAACAAUUUUUGUUGCAAGUAUUAUCUAUUCAAUUGGAAUUUUCAUCUUGUUUAUUACUUCAAUCCCUUCCAUUACGAACAAAAGUAUUGCAACAGGUGGAUUUAUUACUGCUAUCAUUAUCAUUGGUAUUGGUACUGGUUUAAUUAAAACUAAUGUUUCACCAUAUUUAGCUGAUCAAGUUCCAAAGAGAAAAGCAUAUAUUAGAGUUGAAAAGAAUGGGGAAAGAGUUAUUGUCACUAAUGCCUUAACCAUCCAGCGAAUUUUUGCUAUCUUCUACAUGUGUAUUAACGUGGGUUCAUUAUCAGUAUUGGCAACUACAUCCUUACGUGCAAACGUGGCCUAUUAUGCUGCUUAUUUGCUUACAUUUUGCUUUUUUUUCAUUGCAAUAUUCUGUUUAAUUGUUGGGAAAAAUAGAUCAGUUCAGGUUCCAGUUGGAGAUAGAAUUAUAAAUGAAACCUUUAGAUGUUCAUUCCAAGCUAUGAGGGAUGGUUUUACUUUCAAGAAUGUCAAAUCAAACGUAAUCACCACAGAUGAAAUAAAAAGAACUCUUUAUGCAUGCAAGAUCUUUUUAUUUUACCCAUUCUAUUGGGUUACUUAUGGACAAAUGGUUAACAAUUUUGUGUCAUCUGCAGGAAGUAUGAACAAUCACGGAUUACCAAAUGAUAUAUUACAAGCUUUCAACUCACUUUCAAUCAUCUUAUUUAUUCCAUUAAUGGAGAAAAUUAUAUAUCCAUUCAUCAGAAAAUGGACUCCGUUCAAACCUAUCACUAGAAUCUUUUUUGGUUUCAUGUUCGCUACCAGUGCAAUGAUUUACGCGGCUGUUUUACAACAUUUUAUUUAUUCUGCAGGACCAUGUUUUGAUCAUCCAAGCAAUUGCACCAACGGAAACAACAUCCACAUAGCAUGGCAGACUCCAGCAUACUGUCUUAUUGCACUAAGUGAAAUUUUUUCUAGCGUUGUGGGAUUGGAGUACAGCUAUAGUAAAGCAGCAGUCAAUAUGAAGUCAUUUGUGAUGUCGUUGUUCCUUUUCACUAAUGCUAUUGGUUCAGCUCUUGGAAUUGCUUUAUCUCCUGUCAGUACUGAUCCAAAAAUGGUUUGGACUUAUUCUGGCUUAGGUGUAUCUUGUUUCAUUGCUGGUGUAUUGUUUUGGUUCAUCUAUAGUGGAUACAAUGCUCGAGAAGAUGAAUGGAAUGAAAUUGAGUUUGCUCAAAAUAAUACUAAUUCUGGUUUGGUUCCUGUUACUUCUUUUUCCAAAUCAAUCAAAAGUUUAGCUUAA